AUGGCUCAUGAUUAUUAUGAACGUGGUUAUAAUUUACGUCUUGUACAAUUAAAUGGUGAUCAUCUACUAAUAGCUACAUCGUUAUUCAAUAAUGGUAGUAUUUAUCAUCAGAAAGGUGAUUAUAAUCAAACAAUGACGUAUUAUCAAAAAGCUUAUAAUAUUAGUGAGAAAAACUAUUCAGGGGAUCAUACGACUAAAGCUCAUUUACUAGAAGCUAUUGGCCAUGUUUAUCAAUUAAUAAAAGAAUUUGAUCCAGCAUUGGUUUUUAGUACAAAAGCGAAUGAAAUGUUUCAGCGACUUCUAGCUGAUCCACAUCCUUGUAUUUCUUUGAGUUUUUGGCGUAUUGGUGGCAUAUAUGGUGAUCAAUUAUAA